AUGGAUACAGACGAGCAAUCGGUAGUCCUUCCCUCUAGCACAACGUCUGGAUUGUCCUUGUCGCUACAUCCCCUGCCCAUCCUGAACAUCUCCGAACACUUGACGAGACUAAAGCUUCAGACUCGGUCCAAUUCACCUUUUGUGCUUGGCGCAUUGCUAGGCACCCAGAAUGGUCGAGAAGUCGAUAUUGUAAACACAUUCGAACUUGCUACAGAAGAUGGUAGCGAUGACCUUGUAGAUCACGACUUUUUGAUAUCUAGGCGAGAUCAGUAUAAACAGGUGUUCCCCUCUUUAGAGUUCAUUGGAUGGUACACGGUAUCUCCUGUACCAACCUCUCGUCACAUCGUGUUACAUGAGCAGGCAUGGUACUGUUCCACGCCACUCCUGCUCGUCCUACAACCCUCGACGAUAACUACAUCAUCAUCUGAUAUCACUGGGCAGACACUUCCUUUCAAGGCUUAUGAGCCCACCAUUGAAAUAAGGGACAAGAAGACACGUUCUGUGUUCAUAGAGGCUCCGUACAAGGUAGAGACCGGGGAAGCCGAGCGCAUUGCUGUCGAUUGGACAGCCAAGGGCGGCGGCGGAAGUACCAGCCUCGAAUCGCAUCUUCAGGCUCAGCGGGCAGCAGUCAAAAUGUUACAUGAGCGAAUAUUGGUUCUUGUGCAGUAUGUGACAAACGUGAUCGCAGGCCAAGUUCCGACAGAUCAUACAACCCUUCGAUCUUUGUCUGCCUUAAUUGCCUCGCUACCGGCCAGUGAGAACAAGGGCUUCCGCGACGAAUUCAACACUGAGUAUGAAGACGUCCAGCUCACUGCAUUUCUCUCAUCGCUUACGAAAUCGACAAACGUUUUGAAUGACCUUGUCGACAAGCACAUUGUACUCACAGGAGGAUCGCGGGACGAUCGCGCUAUAAAUGUAAGGAGGAGGGGGAUGGGCAGACAAGGGAUGAUGCCAGGGGAUUGGGCGAUGCACUCUUAG